CUUUAAUUUUUCUUUUUAGUCUAUCUUACUCUAACUCUCAACUCAUUUUCAAGUUUUUGCUUUGCCUCUUUGCAAAGCGUGGGAAUCGAAUCCCACCCUUGAAACUAAACGUCCCCACCCCCAACCUCUUGAAAAGGCGGGGAAUUGAACUCCCCACCUCUCCCUUCCCAUGUGAGAAGGGUCGCUACUAGGGCAACCUCUAGUAGUUCCCUUUAAUUCAUCGAAACACCCCUUUUUAGGUGCCUAUUUUGAAAAAUUAUCUAACAGUCUACAUCUAUGACAGCAACUUCUUGCCAAAACUCGUCGUGAAGUUCUUCUACCUGGAGGAGAGAUGCCAAGAUGGUUGCUCCCUGACAAAGAGGGUUACAUAUAUUUCACGGCUUCAAAAGACUUGUAUAAGAAGUUUCUAGGAUUAGCUUUCGGUGUUGUAUUCCAAGCAAAAGAUGGAGAACGGCCAGUUGAAUUUUGUCUGGAAUCAUCUGUUAAUGGCUCAAUGGCUAAAGAAAUCAUAAGCACUUUCAGAUCAUCAGAUUUGGAAAAUGUGUGGCUUGACUAUCGUGAAAGACAGCAGUUGUGGCCCGACUAUCGCACAACAUAUGACUGGAGUCAUUUCCAGUUUAGCAUUAGAGUAUUAAGUGGUGGAAAUGUGAAAAAGUGUGGAUUUAGGCUAAUAUGCAAGCCACUAGAUUAUGAUUUGGAGGUUUUGCUUCAAGAUGAUCAGUCAGUGGAUCCAGCUUUACUCUAUGAGAUUUGGCAUGAAAAUGAUCAAGCAAACACAGAGGAAGAAAGUUCAAGCGAAUUAGAAUAUUUACUGGAUCAUAAAACUGGCUCAGAAGAAUAUAGUACAAGUAAUUUAGUCCGCGAAGGGUCGAACAUGGCUGAUGUCUCACUUCAGAGGUGUCGUUAUUCCCGAAUUUCUCCCGAGUAUCGAAUUGUUCGCUCUGGAGGAGAGAUGCCAAAGGAGUUUGUCCUUGUUGAAGACGGAACCAUAUCUUUCAGGGCUUCACAGGACCUAUAUGACAAGUUAUUUGAAUUGGAUCUUUGUGUUGCUAUCAGUGUAGGAGAAGGAAAAAAGGAAAUAUCUUUCGACAUUGUGCCACAUGUUAAUGGACAAAGGCGGAAUGUGCUAUCAGGAACUCUUGGUUCUUUUGAUUCAGAUCAAGUGUGGAUUCAGUUUUUCAAACCUAAUUGGCUGUGGGGAGUUUUGGAGGGAGGAGUUGAUUUUGGUCAAUUUGAAGAGAGUUAUUUAAGAUUUAGCCUUAGACUUAGAGUUUUGGGUGGAACUCUGAUGAAGUUGGGAUAUUUCAUAAGAUGCAGACGACUAGAAGAUGAUUUGAAGGUUGUGCUUGAAGACAAUCAAUUGGUAGAUCCAGCUGCACUCCGUGAGGAUGUUGAUGAUGAGUGGGGAAGUUUUUCAGGUCCAUACAUCCCAUAUGUGAUAUAGUAUAGAGGAACUGGAAGCCAGUGAAACAGAUUAAAUGGGAAGGGGCGAGUGGAAUACUUGUUGGCUUGCAGAUCUUCAGGAAGCAAUCAUCAAGGCAGGGAAACAAAUUAGGGGUCGAGGUUGUUGCACAUCCAUUGAGAAUACACAGGAAGGCAUGAUUAAACUGAAAAGAUGCAUGGCGAAGAUGAUCUUCUUCCGCAGCAAAGGCAUGAUAACCAUCAUUGGAGCAACUUGGAAUGCAAUUUGCACCAAUUUUUAUGUCUGUCUAGUCCUGUUGGAUAGUUUAUCACCACUUGUGAGUCCAUCGAGAGAAAUCGGUGUAAAUGAACAUUUGAACUCAAAGUGACGUUCCAUAAUGUUUUUUUUAGGAUAUUUGUUAAGUUCAACUAAGGCGGAUGCUUCUUUUGUUCAUGAGACUUGCAAUCAAAGUUUCUUGGGAUAUCUCAAUCACAAGACACUCUUACUUCA